AUGAAUAAUGCAAAGGAAAAGAACAAGGCAUCAUCUUCCACACAAGAGCGGGAUUAUUGCGAGGUAUUCUUGAGCUUUAGAGGUGAAGACACUCGCACCAACUUCACUGACCACCUCUACAAUGCCCUCUGCGAUCGUGGAAUCCAUACGUUUAGAGACAACGAAGAACUCAGAAUCGGAGAAAAGGUCGAUCUGGCGCUUCGCUCUGCGAUCCAUCAGUCCAGAAUCGCCAUACCCAUCCUCUCAAAAAACUAUGCUACCAGCAAAUGGUGUCUCCGUGAACUUGCCGAGAUUGUGGAGUGCAGGAAACAGAAAUUCGAUUGGGAGAUCUUAGAGGGGUGGAAGAAGGCUCUGAGAGAGGUUGGUGGAUUGAAAGGAUGGGUUCUAGAGGAGAUUGCUGAUGGGCAUGAAGGGAAGUUAAUAAAAUUAAUUGUUAAAGAAGUUUGGAAUGGAUUGAGAAAGAGCCCCUUGACUGUUUCGGACAACUUGGUUGGAAUCCAUUCUCAUGUAGAAGAAAUUAAGAAGCUGCUAAACAUUGGAUCUAAUGAUAUAUGGAUCGUGGGUAUCCAUGGCUUAGGUGGCAUUGGUAAGACAACAAUUGCCAGGUGUGCGUACAAUGAAGUCUAUCAUCACUUUGAAGGAUGUUGCUUUGUAGCAGAUGUUCGAGAAACUUUCCCAACAAAGGGAUCAGUUGUCCGUAUGCAAAGUCAACUUCUCACUAAUAUCUUGAACCUAGAGAAUCCAAACAUUACUAGCAUUGAUCAAGGAAUUGAUGUGAUUAAGGAGAGAUUAUCCAAUAAGAAAGUUCUUAUUGUUCUUGAUGAUGUGGAUCAAAGUACAUAUUUAAAAGCCAUAAUCGGGAAACGUGAUUGGUUUGGUAUUGGAAGUAAGAUUAUUUUACAACCAGGGACAAAUAUAUCUUAG